UUGGUCCAAACCAUUUGGUCGCCACGGCAAAACAGUGCUGAGUGCAACGGGCGCAGAGCAGUGAUCGUGUCGUGGCAUGCGGCAGUCCGUGAUCGCGUGUGUGUCAACGUUGUCAUCAUCGCUGAAAAAAACCACGUAGGAAUAAGCGCAUGCUGACGUUACCCGACUCGAGGACCAAAUUCUAUUGAAUAGUAGCUGGUGAAGCCCGGUAACGACAAUCAAACACGAUGGAAGAAAAGUCGGAAAACGACAAGGUUUCCAAGCGGAACGCUUGGCCAUAUAUGAACGUUAGUUCGCUAACCAUGUCAUUCUUCACUAAAUUGGCGGCAGCUGGUAUCAUCUGGGGAUGGGGAUACUUCAAUCUCAGCAUAGCUUGGCUGAUCGCGCCGAUCGCAUUUUCCGUGUGGAAGACUGAACGGAAAAGGGAUAACGAGUUGAGGACGAUCACAGCACAAGCCAGCGUGUUGGCUAAAGAAAAGGAAUUAAUCGUCAGUCGACUAGAUGAAUUACCUUCCUGGGUGUAUUUUCCUGACUUCGACAGAGCCGAAUGGCUAAACAGAAUCUUGUAUAAAGUGUGGCCGAGCAUGAACGAGUUCGUCCGACAGCUUUGCAAGCAAAGUAUAGAACCGUCAAUUGUUGAGACAAUCAAAGGAUUUCAGUUUGAUCGUCUAGUCCUGGGUCGCAUCCCACCAAGAAUUUACGGAGUCAAAGUGUAUGAUAAGAAUACUUCAAGAAAUGAGAUCAUUUUAGAUGCAGACAUUAUAUAUGCCGGUGACUGUGAUAUUACCUUCUUCGUUGGCAACAUCAAAGGCGGUAUUAAGGACUUUCAAAUACGCGGCUUGGUGCGUGUCGUGAUGAAACCUAUGCUGUCUGUAGUGCCGUUUAUUGGAGGUGUACAAAUAUUUUACUUAAACAAUCCCACUAUCAACUUCAACUUGGUAGGAGCGGCUGAUAUAUUGGAUCUGCCUGGAUUCAAUGAAAUUUUAAAGAGAACUAUCGUCGAACAGAUAGCAGCCAUUGCUGUGUUACCUAACAAAAUAGUUAUACCUUUAAGCGAAGAAAUACCAAUGGAAUCUAUAAGAAAACCCGAACCUGAAGGCGUUUUGAGAAUUCAUGUUGUAGAAGCAAAGCAUCUUAUGAAAAAAGAUAUCGGAGUUUUAGGAAAAGGCAAGUCAGACCCGUAUGCCGUCAUAAAUGUCGGUGCCGAGGAAUUUAGAACCAAAACAAUUGACAAUACCGUUAAUCCAAAAUGGGACUUCUGGUGUGAGGCUAUGAUUACUUCAUGCAAUAUGCAAGAAGCUGUGGUAUCACUAUGGGAUUGGGAUCCCAAUAUCCCAGGGGUACAAUACGAUGAUUCCCUUGGCAGAGCUACCAUCGAAGUCAUCCGCGUGAAAAAGAAGGGCAUGAUCGAUACGUGGGUCUCGUUGGAACAAGCGAAGCACGGCAUGGUUCACUUACGAUUAACGUGGUUGCAACUGUCGAAAGAUCCUGCUGACCUGAAGGCCGCUUUAAUGGAGACUCAGGAGCUUCGAGUUACGUCAAUGAGUACUGCCCUUCUCAUUCUCUACAUUGAUUCCGCUAAGAAUCUGCCGUGCAUACGAGGAAAUAAGCAACCCGACGUUUACUUGGAAGCGAGCGUUGGUGGGAUGACGAAAAAGAUAUCGACUGUGUCGCGUUCCUGCGAUCCGAUAUGGGAAAAGGGAUUCACCUUCUUAGUCAGUAACCCCGAAACUGGCAUCUUACAUAUAAAGCUUACAGAUGAAAAAACCACCAUGACACUCGGCGAAAUGAGUUAUAAUCUUUCCUUGCUCUUGGGAAAAAAUGAUCUUCAAGUGGAGCAACAACCGUAUGAUUUGCAGAUGGCUGCAGCGGAUAGCAAGCUCAUAAUGUCGAUGUCAUUGAGCAUCCUGAAAUACGAGCACCCUGAACCUACUUCCGAGGAAGACGAAGACGACCAUGACAUUAAUCAGUUAAAUAAGCGCAUCGAACGCCAGGAGUCUAACAUCAGCAACGUUUUAUCUUCCAGUGUACCUCCUAGUCCUCUUAAGAAGCAGCCUUCAAAGGAAUCAGUCAACAGCCAGCCACGCAGUACUGGAUCUGCCGCAGCAGCUUUGCCCGAGGAGUCAGCAGCGGUAGAAGAAGAGUUGAUAGUCAACACCAGUGCCCCGUCUUCGCUAGGCGGAAGUCCUCGCCUAGUUCAUCGCAAUAUCAGCAUGACUUCCUCUCUGGGCGAAGCAAAAUUGGGCAGAAUACAAUUGACCUUACGUUACAGCUUGCAGAGACAGAAGUUCGUGGUUGUCGUGCACAAAAUCGCUAACCUGCCGCUGCCGCCGAACGAUCCGCACAACAUACCGGAUCCGUAUGUAAAGCUCUACCUAUUGCCGGAUCGGUACAAGGAAACGAAGCGCAAAACUGCCGUAAUGAAGGACAAUUGCAAUCCGACGUUCGACGAGCAAUUCGAAUACGUUAUCUCACAGGGAGACUUGGGCACGCGUAUAUUGGAGGUGUCGGUGUGCACCCAGAAAGGCUGGCUGUCAACUGGCAACAAGGUGAUGGGUCAGGUUCACUUGAAACUGAACGAGAUCGAUAUCGCGAAGACGAUCACCAGUUGGUACGAUUUACAGCCGGAAAUCAAAGACUAGAAAAAAAGGAAAAGUAAGUGGGGAUUCGAGAGUUUAUGCGUCUGUCUGUCGAAGCAACCGCUCAAGUUCCCACUUGAUAACUUUUACAAACGAUGAAAGUCUCAUAAGCUGUGUAAGUCUGGGUAUCCUCGUCAAUCGUCUCUCUCGAAGCUGACGAUUUAUAUGGUAAGACGAGUUACCGCAUGGUGCUAGACGCGAGAUGCGAGUCGUUUUCGCGAAAUAAUGAUUUUAUCUAUUGAAAUGUUCGUACUUAUGCCGUCCAGUGGCACAAAAUGAUCUGAUACAUAUAUUAUUACUGCAAUCACCGCGCAGGAACGGAUCGACUUAGUGGAACUUGAAGCGAGUUCCCAUUGGUGUAUUAAAUACUUUGGAAUGCGAGAGAAGUACAUUUCAACGUGGAAUUUUACACGUGUGCUGGAACUGUCUUUUUCUUGAAAAUGUGCCUAAAGUGAAGAGAGAAAAGGAAAGGAAAACGCUGGACGUUUACUUGAGCAACCGAUAUUACGAAUAAUGUGGGUUGUAAUCGUAAGGAUUUCCUGCAGACAUCUGUAAAAUUGUACAAUAAUCGAUAGCGUCACAUUAAAUCUCUCCUGCCAAUCUGCGCCUGAUAUUGCUUGUUUUAUAUUUUCGAUUGAGUUCAUAAUUAUGCUGCAGUGCAAGGUUUGCACCCGUUUGCACGACGGUUCGCACAAGUUCUUUUCUGAUGAAACUCAAUACAUCAUCAAUCUACAUCAGACGGUUUAUAUCACAUAACUUUUUGUAUUUAUUUUGACAGAUAAAAGUACAAUAGAAAUACUUACACUUCUCUCGAACCCUCCGUUGCAGUCGUGACAUGUUCAAUGUCUCGUUAUUGCAUUAUCACUUCAAUGCCUG